CCAAUGAAAUAAUCUGUUAAAGUGUACGGGGCACCGCUGUCGGAUGAAUACGUACAGGGGAGUAAAUCGUCAUCUUUUCCUUUCAUAAGAUCGGAGGCGUUGUGGGUUGAGUUGUUUUGUUAGAAAAAAAGUGGAAUUUAAGCAUAAGAAAUGUCUUCUGGUGUAACUGUAUCAACUGAAGCAAAAACUGUCUACGAAGAAGUGAAGAAAGACAAAAAAUAUCGUUUUAUCAUCUAUCAUAUAAAAGAUGAAAAAGUAAUUGAUGUCGAAUCAACAGGACCACGUAAUGCUACUUACAGCGACUUCCUGGAUACAAUGCAACAAUUCAAGACAGAAUGCCGUUAUUGUGUUUUUGAUUUUCCAGCACCAAUGCCUGUAGAAGGUUCUCAUGAGAAAACUUCUAUGUCUGUGGACAGGCUUGUUCUUAUGACUUGGUGUCCUGAAGGAUCAAAAAUAAAACAGAAAAUGUUAUAUUCCAGUAGUUAUGAUGCUUUAAAGAAGGCAUUGGUUGGUGUAUACAAGUAUGUUCAAGCUUGUGAUUUUGAAGAAAUCAGUCAAGAAGCAAUAGAAGAUGCCUUUAGGAAAGGUGGAAAAUAACUGUUACAUUAUACUAUCAAUACAUUCAGUCAUUUAAUUAUUCAAAUUCCUGUUUCUCUCCAAGUCCUGAUAUAGCAGGAUAAGGAAGAGUUUUUUUGAGGUAUCCUUGCAAUCUUAGAUGUCAUUGUGGUUCUAUGUAGAGUGACACUAGUA